GCCUUACGGAGCCGGGAGUCAGAGCGGGGGGGGGAAUAAGGUGCCUCAGUUGCUGGCUUCCGGGCGUCGGCGAUGGCGACGGAGCGGGGUCUUCCGGGUCUGGAGGCCCAGAGGCGGCAGGUGGAGGGCGAGGGCCCCGAGGAGCUUGGCCUGGAGCGGCCUCUGAAGGCGGGAGAGAAAUGGUAUUUGUUGGAAAAUCACUGGUACAAACAGUGGAAAGCGUAUGUGGAAUCAGGAGACCAGAACUCCAGCUCUUUCCCUGGACGGAUUAACAACGCUGAACUCUUUGAAGAUUUAGAGUCGUACCGGCUGAAGGAUAGGCUGGUGGAGCAUGAGGAAUAUGUUCUGGUGCCAGAGGAGGUCUGGAACAAGCUGGUGAGCUGGUAUGGCACUGAACAUGACCAGCCAGCCAUCGAACGCAAGGUAGUUGACCUUCCUAGCAUGCAGAAAGUGGAGGUGUACCUGGUGGAACUGUACCUCUGCCAGCACAAUGAUAUGGACAACUUUGUCAUGGCCCAGUUUAGCCGCAUGGAUAUUAUUGACACAGUGCUGAAGGAAGCGCGGCGCCAGUUUUGUGUUCCAGCUGAGGAUGAAACAAGGCUCUGGGUGAAAAAUGCAGACGGCUCCUGUGAGAGGCUCCGGAACUUGCAGAUGACAGUGCUGGAUGCCUGUCUCAGCUCAGGACAGGUGGUGAUAAUGGAAACCAGGAGUAAAGAUGGCACUUGGCCCAGCUCUAGACCACAUAUCAUGAAGAACUCGAUUGAUGAGGAAGAACUGUAUCGUGGACAGCCGGGAGUCUGUGGCCUUACCAAUUUGGGCAACACUUGCUUCAUGAAUUCUGCUUUGCAGUGUCUCAGCAAUGUGCCUCCUCUUACUGAGUACUUCCUCAACAAUCGCUAUCUGGAUGAGCUCAACUUCAGUAACCCCCUGGGCAUGAAGGGUGAAAUUGCUGAGGCCUAUGCUGACCUUAUCAAGCAACAGUGGUCUGGUCACCACCGCUCCAUUGUGCCCCGCAUGUUCAAGACCAAAGUGGGCCACUUUGCCUCCCAAUUCCUUGGCUACCAGCAGCAUGAUUCCCAGGAGCUUCUCUCCUUCUUGCUUGAUGGGUUGCAUGAGGACCUCAAUCGUGUCAAGAAGAAAGAGUACAUAGAGCUAAAGGAUGCAGCAGGUCGGCCGGAUGAGGAAGUAGCAGAAGAAGCGUGGCGCAACCACAAACGGCGCAACAACUCCAUCAUUGUUGACAUCUUCCAUGGACUCUUCAAGUCGACACUGGUGUGCCCUGAAUGUGGCAAAGUUUCUGUGACCUUUGACCCUUUCUGCUACCUCAGUGCUCCCCUCCCUGUCAGCAAGGACCGGGUGAUGGAAGUUUUCUUCGUUUCCAUGGACCCCUCCAAGAAACCGGAACAGCACAGACUAAUUGUCCCCAAAGCUGGGAAAGUGCUUGAUCUUUGUUGUGCCCUCUCUAAACACACGGAGGUGCCAGCUGAGCGGAUGAUGGUGGCUGAUGUAUUCAGUCAUCGUUUCUACAAAAUCUACCAGAUGGAAGAAUCCCUCAGCUGCAUCUUGGACCGGGAUGACAUCUUCAUAUAUGAGGUGUCUGUGUCCCCAUUGGAGGAUCCAGCCACAGCUAAUGCUGUGGUGCUUCCUGUGUACCUUCGGGAGCAUGCCCAAGGCCGAGACUACAACGACACCUAUUAUGGGGUUGUGCUCUUUGGUCACCCACUCCUGGUAUCUGUGCCACGGGACCAACUCUCCUGGGAUGCCAUCUACCAGCUCCUGCUGCAUCAGCUCUCCCGGUAUGUAACACAACCUGACUCUGAAGAAGAGGAUGAACAAAGUGAGGAGGAAGAGGAGGAGGAGGAGGAUCUCUUCAAUAAGAGGCCCAAUGGCCUGAGUGAAGGGGAGGAGGAGGACGAGGAGGAGGAGGAAGAAGAAGAAGAAACAACGGUAGAAGGAUCCACUAGCCAGGAACCCAGCUUGGAGGUGGAGGAAAAGGUCUUGGAUGGAUCUGUGGGAGAGGAAGGGGCUGGAGUAGAGGGGAGACCCAGCCCCGACCCAUCUCCCCAUCAGCACUCCCAGUCCCCCCAGACACCUUCUUCUAGCCCCAGCCCCCCUACAGCCAACCAGGCCAAGCGCAAAUGCCGACUGCCACAGAAGCGACAGAAAAUUCUCUUCACCCUUCAUCACGUCAAUUCUAAUGGUACCAGCGAUCGAAUGGCCAGCCAGGAUGAGGGCAGCACUCUCUCCUUCAACUCCCAACCCUACCUCGCUAUGGAUUGGGAUUCUGAAAUGAAGAAGCGCUACUACAAUGAAGCCGAGGCUGAGGGUUAUGUCAAGCAUGACUGCAUGGGAUACAUGCUAAAGAAGAACCCGGUCAGACUGCAGGAGUGCAUUGAACUAUUCACCACUGUGGAGACACUGGAGGAGGAGAACCCCUGGUAUUGUCCCACCUGCAAGAAGCACCAACUGGCCACCAAGAAGCUGGACUUAUGGUCGCUGCCAGAGAUCUUGAUUAUUCACCUCAAGCGCUUCUCCUAUACCAAGUUCUCCAGGGAAAAGCUCGACACCCUUGUGGAGUUCCCCAUCCAGAGCCUUGAUUUUUCUGACUUCAUCAUCAAGCCAAGGAAAGAUAAUGAUCCCUCGCUAUACAAAUAUGACCUCAUUGCUGUAUCCAACCAUUAUGGCGGCCUCAGAGAUGGGCACUACACAACGUUUGCCCGGAACAAGGACAGCGCAACAUGGUUUUACUUUGAUGACAGCAGUGUCUCUGCAGUUUCGAAGAGCCAGAUUGAGUCCAAAGCUGCCUACGUCCUGUUUUAUCAGCGCCAGGAUAAAAUCCGCCACCCAGUUUCCCCUGCUGCUGCCACCGCUGCUGCACCCACAAGCACUUCUAUUGGCCAAGAUAGCCAGGAGGAUUAUGGGGCCUGCUGUGGUUCCCAUCUCAGUGAGCAAGCCAGUCGGGACUUCAUGGAUGUGGACUGACCUUCACCUUGCCUGCCCUCCUCCAUUUGGAUCUGGAGAAGGGUGGCGGGAGGAGAGGAGAGCCAUGCGCCUUUCUUUUCUCAGACUGAAGCUGUGGCAGUUGGAGUCUAUCCAACAGCAGUGGCUGUUUUCUCAGGCCUUCGAAUAGGGUUAGAGCAGGGACAUGGGACUGGAGAGGCGCGACUGCCCCCCUGACUGCCUUCCUCUGCCCCAAAGUGCAGGGCUCUUUGCUUUGUACACAGCUUCCCCACCUUGAAGGGGAAGGCUCGUCUUCCCCCACCUCCCCGCCCCACACUUUACAGGGCCAGUGUCUUGCACCAGCGUUUUAUAAGAUGCAAGAGGAGGAUCUCCUUCCUCUCCAACCUAACCUUUUCCAUUUUAAAAGUGGGGAGCUUUUCUCAGGGCCUGACUGCCUCUCCCACAGCAUUCCCAUGACCUCUGCACUGUGCUGCCCACCUCCCCUGCAGCAUUAGGUUCUCCUCACUUUACACUCGGGCAUCAGCGGAACUGCCUGUGACUGAGUGUCCUUGCCUGCAGUUAGCCAUGGCUGGCUCCUGGCCUUGGGAGGAUUUUUGCAAAGGUAUUCCCAACUUCUCUGUUGUCUGCAAUUCAUUGGGACACAUCACUUUUCAUCCUACCAUGAGUCACUCUGUGGAGCAGGAUAAGUAGCUCCUAGCUUUCUUACUCACAUUCACUUAACCUCCCAAGUGCCUCCUUUUAUUCCUCCAUCAGUCAACUAAAGCAAUAAAUCCAAUCCCAAGCCCCUUUGCAACCCCCCUUCUCUCUUACUGCCAGCAGCCCCUGGGCUUCCUCCUCCUUCAUUCCCAAAGUUUCUGACCUACUGGGCUGCCACAUGCUCCUUCCAGGUUUCACUCCUGAAUCUUUCUGGGAGAACAGAGCUGCGGUCAGCCUGUGCUGUCUACUUGGAACUAUUCCGUUGAAGAGCAUGGAAAAGGAAUUUGACUGCCAUUGUCACUACUGACUCUUGAGAUUCUUCCUUUUCAGUAAUUGCCCCAGUAACCAGGCCUGGGAUAUUGAAGGCCUGCAGUUGCUGCAGGGAAGUAUUAGAAUUUCACCCUUCCAUGCCGAGUGUUGCUGCUGCUUCCAGGCUCAGGGAUUGCGCUAGUUUGUAAAUAGGUGUCUGCGUGCAAUGCGGGGCAGGGUGAGACAUCAACUGAGGCAGUGUUGGCCAGGCAGAGGACACUCUACUGCCUGCAGAAGCACAUAAUGUAUUUUCUUAAAGAGUUUUGGAAGAAGAUUCCUUCACUUGACUUAUGGGUUUUUUCUUUCGAAUCUUUUUUUUUUUUUUUCUUUUUUUUUUUUUUUGCAGAAGAAAAUAUUUUUGGCAUGUGGCAAAACGUGUACAUAAAAGUAACUUCUUUUAAAAUGG